UUAAAUCGAUUGACGAUACUUAGUUCCGUCGUCAAUCCACAAAGCCGCCAUUGAGUGUCGAAAGCUCUGCACGUCCUGUCCAAAGUUCCACCAUGAACACUAUCCAGCGUAUUGCAACAAUUUCGCGCAUGACUAGCGCCCGUCAAAUGAGCUCGGCCAAACUCACACCAGAGCUGGCUAAAAUCAAAGCCAAACAAGAAUUUUUCCAGCGUGCUGAUGGUAAUUUGGUUCAUGAAAAAACCGGCACUGACCGUGCCCUAUUCUAUUUGACCUCAGCACUUGUCACUGUCAGCAUGGGGAUGAGUUUGCAGUUCUACUAUGAGUUCUCUUUCCCCAAGAAAGGCUAAGCUAUCCAGUCUUCAUCAUGUGUAUCAGUUAGAUUGUAUAUAGGCAAAUAAUGAGAAAUAAAAAAGACUGUAAACAGUU